UCGCAGCGUCGCAUUAGACAUGGCUGAAAACAAGGAUGUACCCUCGAUGCAUCUCCUAUCGAUGAUCCUCGCAUGACCGGGACAAUCGCAUCCGUGACAGCCCUAGUCUUUCCUCUGGAAUCUCAGAAGCAAGAUAUUUGUAGGUUCUCUUGCGCCGACUCUCUGUUCACUGACAGCAAAAGCACUUUGGUGGAGCGGCGAGCAUCAGCAUGGAUCAUAGCGCGAUUCUUAGUGCGCCAUGGGCGCAGCUAACAUAGUUCGUAUCAGUUCAAUAGAUGAGGAUCAACUUGAUGGUCUCAGAGAACGCAAACUGAUGCUUUCUAUGGCUCGAAAGAAGUAUGGUUUCAUCAGGAGCUUGUCUUGGAACGUGGCAGAGAGGUACAUAGCGAAGCCUUCAUAACAUGAUUAUACUGAUCUGCAGAGCGGAGCGUGCUCAUAUCUUAUCAACUCCCAAUUUGUCGACUUUUUGUGCCAAAACAAAGAAUUGGAAAACAAUUUACUGUACCUUCUCUUUUUACAUCAAGAGUCCUCCAUAGGUGGAAACUGUGAGGAGAGUAUAUACCCUUCUGUUUGAGGCUUUUUCUAGUUGUAAUUUUUCCCUAUCCUGAAGUAGAACACACGCAGCUCAAGGCGUAGUGAAAACGAAUAUCUUAGUUUAGGGGUAAGAGAGGAACGGUCAUUUGUAAUGAUGGCACCUUUCAUCGCUGUACCCUUGCACGCCGUAGCUCCCCAGGCCCAAGCACAGAAACACCAAGUCACGUCCCUAAACGGCAAAUUAGUGAUGGCAUUGAAUCCCGGCAGUAGCAGCAGCGGCAGCAGCAGAGGCAUGGUAUCCAGUCUGACGUCAGAAGGCGUGCAAAUCAACGGCUGCCAUGGUCAGAAUAUUCCAAAACUGGGGUCAUUUAAUAAAAGUUUUCUCAGCCACCUCAUGAGCCAGCCAUCACUAUUAGAAAACGCAGAGUAUGCUCUUGCAGAGUGUUGUACACAUCUUGACAUCGGUGAGGCCUAUAGCUGCUGGGAGGCGGUCUCUGAGUUCGAGGAUAUCAAGGUUGACCGUGGUGUUCCGACUGAUGACGAACAUGCACGCGCUUGUUGUCCUCUGAAGAGAUUUGAGAACUUGGUCAGGCAAUCAGGUGAUGUGUCGGGGUUGAUAGGCAACAUUCGCCUGGUGGCCAAAACAGCAACAAAGCAAUCACGAUCAAAGGAGGUAGUUCGCACAAUUGCAGAGAGGCCGGUGUUUGUCGAUGAUGGAGGCCUGCCUCAAGACCCAAAUGCAGAUGCAUCACCAAGUCUGUUGCCAGAGUCCACCCUCGCACGACUUCUCCGAUUCAACAGCUUCUCACCUCCAUGGUUCACACGAAGGAAUGAUCAUGAAAUCGACUGAGUUGUGGGUUCACAUCCUUCUCAGCUGGAAAGUGAUAGAAAGCAGAGGUCGGGGAAUGUGUGAGUGGUCAACAUUAGUAUAACGAACUGCUGUAGAAAGUUGCUGCAGGGCUUUGAAUCGAAAACUGUAGGCUGAGGCAGUAGUAUCUAGGCGCUUUGUUUGCAGCUGUUGUAAUUCGUAAUCAGCUGGUUGCAACGUGAAAUUGGAAAGAAAGAUAAGAGGAGAGGAGAGGAGAGGCGAGUGACCUCAGAGCAGCGAUGCCCUGAACAGUGGAGGGGGACAUCUCAAUUCUCUGAUUCGGAGACGCAACGUUUGAGCAAUACAUGCAAAUCCUUCAUCACAAACCAUA